AUGACGGCAGCAGUCCUGCGUAGUUCGCCAAAUCUCGCGGUCCCUCAGACUCAGAACACUGCUCCAGUUCAUGAAUUCAACUGCCUUUACACCCACGACUUAAGGCGAAAGCAAAAGAGAUGGCAAGAUGGCUUUUUGCGCUACCAUACUUUCAACAAGCGUGUCAUGGUCUACGAUGUUCCUAGAAAUUUCCUCGGCGACCUUCACUGGACCAGCGGCGAUGACCUUCAAGAGGGCGAUGAGAUGACCCUUGAGAAAGGUGCCAUCAUGGUCCAAGUGUUUGAGAGGGUAGGUACCAUACAGACAGACCUCUCAGACUUGUUGCACAGAAAGGACAAGACUCCGGCUAAAAACCCCGCCUCGUCACGAAUGCUCAUACGACCGGGACCAUCACAUCCUACCGUUCCAUCUGUCACUCCCAGGACUCCUCAUGCUGUUUCGACAACGCCAAUGAAGCACAAGUCUCUCAACACUCUGCUUGGAAGGUCAAGACGGCCCAUUGGCAAGGCUUCCCUUCCCACAGAAUCUCCCUAUGAAGCACGAAUCAGGGACUUGCAGGCUGCUGAAGCCCAGGAUCAAAGAGAACCCAAACGACAGAGGCUUGAUUCUCCAGUCCAGACAACACCCACGGCGGCAAAAUACCGCAAUCAGAUCUCUACUCGACCGCGGGCUAAUCCUGUCUCCCGCCUGAACCAGGGGCCCGAAGUUAUUGAACUUUCUUCCGACACUGAGGAUGUCUCGGCAGCGCAAGCUGCAAGUCGUGCCGUUGAUGCUGAACUACUGGCAACGUCCUCUCCUGCUCGUCUGCUUGACAGUCCGGCGCACCACCAAGUACAGUCCAACCAUUUGCGUCCCACCGAUAGACGACCGACAGCAGCGAAGCCAACUGUGGUCGAGUCUCCUUCGGCGAGAGCAUCAGAUCGGCCAAGACAUGUCGACCCUGUACCUGCGCCCAACACCGCCCGACCAAGGAAGGAAGUCAGUGUUUUGCGAGUUCCAGCAACGAAGAAGGUCGCAGAUGUCAGAGCUGAUGAGCCUUUGAGAAAGGAACCACCAUCCGUGGUCAACCCCGAGUCUCAAGCGCGCGGAAAGUCUCUGAAGCUUGUCGGUGGAGCCCCGAGAAAGAUGUUACUGUUCCAGUCACAGAACUCGCGUCCGUCAAGCUCUGAGACUAUGACGGAAGGUGCUAUGCGCGGUUCAGUGAAGGAGCCUUUGAGAGUGGAACCUGCAGUCGAUCAAGACCCCGAGAGUUCAGUGUUUCAGAGACGCAUACAAGAAAGGCUUGCAAGGUUCGAGGAGAAGAAAAAGAAGAAGCCUGUCUUUCAAAGGAGUUCCUCAGAUGUGACUGAACAGCGCCCUGUUGUGGACAAGGGUACGAAUGGCACUGGCCUGAGAAAGACGACUUCUGUUGUCUUAUCACGAAUAGACUCGCCUGAAGAUCCUUUGCUCGCUGAUUUCCAGCUUGGAGAUGUUACUGCACAGGAUUUUGAUGACCCUAUCUUCGAUGACGCUAUCGCUCAGCCAUCUGUGCGACCAAGCAAAGAGCAGUCGUCGCGACCAACCGAUAGAGCGACCAGCUCGAUCAACGCAAGGUCCUUCAAACCUCUGGUCGUCAAACCACCAGCUGUCAAACCUGCGGUUGUCAAACCUCCGAUCGUCAAACCAGCCCCUGUACUAGCCACAAGAGCCGCACAAGCCAUAGCAGCAGAACAGAAGAAAAACGAAGACAUUGGACCCUGGAGCAAAGAAGCCUUUGAUCUGAUGGACUGGCGGCCACCGAAUUUGCAGACGAAGACUGCAGAGACCACGUGA